UAGGAAACAAUAGUAUAAGGUUAACUGUGAGACAAUUACACCAAAAGAGAUAGGAACACAUCCAUUUUGGUAGCACCAAAGCACUUUUUCUCACACUCGUCUAUAUAUAAAUAUUUUGUUGAUAUCCUGUCACCUUUCAAAGUUUUACGAAAACACUAAACUAUGAAAGCUUAUCUGCGCCAGAGAGGCAAUCUGAAGAUGGAAGGAUUGAUGGACGUUAUUGGCUAAAUAUUUAAUUAGCCCUACCUUACUCAAAACAGGGUAUCACCGCAUUAAACUUACACGGUUGGCAUGAUGUAUAUAAGCACCACCUAUCAUGGGCAGUGCCUCAAAUAACCAGGAUGGUGAAGUGUAGCCUGCCAGAACUUUUUUCCCUCUGAUCUUGGAUGCCAGCAGAAGAUGCACCACUAAGAGUCUUGUCCCUUUAAUCCAAUGGCUUACGAGUCAAGUUAUGCGAAAUCUCUGACCAUGAGAGAGUCAGUCAGAAGCUCACCUCCGCUUAGCGUUUCGGAGCUUCAGCAGCUUCUGGUUACGGGAAAAAGCAUCCUCAACCACGCGGACGAAGUCUGGCCCAGCCUGUACAUCGGAGAUCAGGACAUACCAGCAUAUCGGAGCAAGCUGGAGAAGCUGCGUAUCACCCACAUCCUGAACUGUGCGCACAGCGAGGACCACAAUAAUGCCGAUUAUUAUAAGACUAUAGGCAUCACCUACCUGGGCAUCGAAGCACAUGACUCACCCACCUUCGACAUGAGUGUCUACUUCACCCCUGCGACCGACUUCAUUCACCAGGCCCUUAGUGGAGGAGGGAGAAUCCUGGUGCAUUGUGCAUUUGGAGUUAGUUGCUCGGCCACUCUGGUCCUGGCUUAUCUGAUGAUCCAGGAGCACAUGACACUGGUGGACGCCAUCAAUACGGUGAAAAGCCGGCGCGGCAUCAUCCCCAACCGCGGCUUCCUGCGGCAGCUCACCGUGCUGGACACCAACCUCCGCUACGGCCGUAGAAUCUAAGGGCAGACUGGACGAAAGAAAUGCAGCACGUUAUUCCUCAAAACGUAAUCUUGAGGUUAGUUUCUAAUGCACAUGCCCUGCAUACCGAUGCUGAGUUGUCAACUUUGGUCAGCUGGCUGUCAUGAGAUUUUCAUUUCGAGUCUGCGCACUCAUUUACGUGUGUGUCUUAUUACCUUGCAAAUAGUCUGUACUGUUCGCAAACUACCCCAGGGCUUUUGAUGUAGCUAAUUUUAGGUUUAUAAGGGAAUAAUGCAAAUUUGCCGUAAAAUUUCUUGCGUGAGCGUGAGUAAGCUAUGUGAGAGUUGUGUGCAGUUUUCUAUUCCGGUUUCAAAUUGUGCAGAUGCAGUUUUAGCCAGUUUAAACACAAAGUAUGUAAGAAGUACAUAGGAAUUCGAAAAGUAAGGGGGAAAAAAAUCAUUGUCUUACUUUUAAUUUUGGCUAGUCUGAUAUGUUGCACUUUUGUGACAUGCUGGGUGUUAAAUUCUUGAGUAAUACAUAUUUAUUUCCCCUGAGAUCAUUUUUAAAAGCUAUAGGCCUGCCAUUUAUCAAUGAAUUAUAUUCCAUUUAUUUAUGAGAUUGUAUUAUGAGUAGUGCAGAUUUUAUAUAAGCUAGUUCACUUACUGUUCGCCCAGAAUGAAUUCUUUGUGAACACUGUAUUACCAACAUUUAAAAAUGUUUUUGAAAUCA